GAGGGGAGAUUUAGAUCAGAUAUAAGGAAAAAAUGUUUACAGUGAGGGUGGUGAAAUGCUGGCCCAGGUUGCCCAGAGAGGCUGUGGAGGCCCCGUCCCUAGAGACACCCAAGGCCAGGCUGGACGGGGCUCUGAGCAGCCUGGUCUAGUUGCAGAUGUCCCUGCUCACUGCAGGGGGGUUGGAUGGAUGACUUUGGUCCCUUCCAACCCAAAGCAUUCGGUGGUUCUGUUCUGACUCAGGGAUAGGGACACCUGCAGAGUCACUGCUAGAGGCACUGUUCAACCGCUGCAGUUCCCGGAGUGCCCCAGGCAGGCAAGAGUUCAGCUAAUAGACAUUCAUUUAACCUACCCUGGGGGAAUGCUGGCAGAGACUUGGGUGCUCUCAGUGUGUGCCGCUAAACCAAAGAGUUUCUGUUACAGAAGGAAAACACAACUGGAAAGCACCAUGAGGAGUGAGCUGAGGAGCAGUGCUGGUGAGCAGCUCUUUUGCCCGAACCAGCUUGUUCAGGCACAUCACGCACCUGAUCCAGCAGUAUCCCACCGCCCUGCCUCACUGGCGCAGCUGUAAGAUGGCAAGGAUUUGUCCAUCAGCUAGAUUUGCACUCAGACAGGGAGGGAGACGUUGGCCAGGGGAAGAGGUGGUGAUUUACCAGAUCAGCUCCUAAUACAAAGGCAGCUUGGGCAAGGACAAGACGCCACCUGAGCUGUCCUGUGCUCAUGAUCAGCAGCUGGAGGUUGGUGAAGCCUGUUCAAACCAUCAGCCAGGUGCCUCAUCCUGCUGCUCCUGUCUGUGCAGGGAAGUGCACAACGAGCAGCAUUCAUGGACCCUUCCAGAGCACAACAGGGACAUGGUGCAGCGUGGGUUAGGGAGGUGAGAGGGAGAGUCCUGAGCAGACACCCUUUAUAGCUGGUGCCUCCAUAGGUGGAUAUGAAGAUGUCUUUUUUGACCUUUAAGAGCAGCAAAGGAUGAAGAGCACCAUGGGGGAAGGAGUCAAGACUCUCAAACCAUGGCAAAGUGCUGCCUUACAUCUCCCUCCCACAAAACAACACUGGGGAAGCUCUGCUUGAGCACCAGGCUCUGUGUCCAGGUGGAUGCACAGGAUCCUCCCUGCUAGGGAGCUGGGGAAGGAGGGGCGUGCUGUGCUGCCUUGGCCUCAUGCACCCAUGGGGGAGUCGCCAAGCCCCACGGAUCAACCCCGCUGGGGCGCCCGCCACAGAUAACGCCCUGCUGCAGAUAAAAGCGCAGGCGUGGGGGUGGCCGUGGUGAGGACAGCAGACGAUUGCAGGGAUGAAGGCAGAAAUCUUCCUGGGAUUGCUGGUGGUCCUCAGCCUGUUCCAAGCAUCUGUAUCUUCUUCCUAUGAUCUGCCAGUGGUGCUGUCAGACGCAUCCCUCCUGAGCAGCGUGGACGAGGCCAAGCAGCUGGUGGAUGCAGCCUACAAGCACACACGCAACCGCAUAAAGGAGCACCUGCAGAAAGAUGUCUUGACCCCAGUAGAGCUUCUGGGAUAUUUCAAACAGCCGGUGGCAGGGACUCGGGCUGCUGUUCGGGCUGCAGAUUACAUGGAAACCGCCCUGACCCUCCUCAAGGAGAAGCUGCGAAGGGCUGUGAGGGGGGACUUCAAUGUCACAGACUUGCUGACACCAGCUCAGCUGGGGAUGAUUUUCAAGGCAAGCGGAUGUGACCAGCAGGAUAAGAAAAUAAAUUGUGACACUUCUCAUCACUAUCGAACGAUCACUGGCGAGUGCAACAACAGGAGAAACCCAUCACUAGGAGCUUCAAACAGAGCCCUGGUCAGAUGGUUGCCAGCAGAAUAUGAGGAUGGUGUGUCAGUCCCCCACGGGUGGACAGAAGGAAAGCGUUUCUCUGGAUUCCCCUUUCCACUGGUUCGAAAAGUGUCAAAUGAGAUUGUCCGCUUCCCGCCUGGGCAGCUCAGGAUGGACCAGCAGAGAUCACUCAUGUUCAUGCAGUGGGGCCAGUUUAUUGACCACGACCUGGAUUUCAGUCCAGACACCCCCGCUAGAGUCACCUUCAGUGGCAAGGUGGACUGUGACACCAGUUGUGUCAAGCAGCCCCCUUGCUUUCCUAUCAAGAUCCCACCCAAUGACCCACGAAUUAAAAACACAAAAGAUUGCCUUCCUUUCUUCCGCUCAGCUCCUGCUUGUACCAGCGGCAGAGCAAUUCGGGAUCAGAUCAACGCGCUCACCUCCUUUCUUGAUGGCAGUGUGGUGUAUGGCAGUGAAGUGCCUUUGGCCAACAAACUGAGGGAUCGGACCAGCCGGCUGGGCUUGCUGGCUGUUAACAGGAAUUUCACUGAUCGGGGGAAGGCAUAUAUGCCCUUUGACAGCUUGCGGAGGGACCAGUGUCUUAUAGCUAGCAGGAGCGCUAAAAUCCCUUGCUUUCUUGCAGGUGAUUCUCGAGCAAACGAGAUGCUGGAGCUGGCGUGCAUGCACACGCUCUUUGUGCGUGAGCACAACCGCCUGGCUAGAGCGCUGAAGAGACUAAAUCCCCACUGGAAUGGAGAGAAGCUCUACCAGGAGGCACGAAAGAUCCUGGGUGCCAUGAUCCAGAUUAUAACCUACAGGGACUACCUGCCUCUUCUGUUGGGAACCAGUUUCCAGAGGUUGAUUCCCAGGUACCGGGGCUACAAUGAAUCUGUGGAUCCUCGAAUAUCCAAUGUCUUCACCCUGGCUUUUCGUUUUGCUCAUGCUUCAGUUCCCCCGACUGUUGACCGCUUAAAUAAAAAUUACAAGCCCAUAGGUCCCAAAAUCCAACUCAGAAAUGCCUUCUUUGCUGUCUGGAGAAUCAUUAAACAAGGUGGUAUUGACCCCUUUCUCCGGAGCCUGAUGGCUAAUCAGGCCAAGUUGAUGACACAGCAGCAAAUGGUUGUGGAUGAGCUCCGGGAUCGGAUGUUUGAGCAGGUUGAAAGGAUUGGGUUUGAUUUACCUGCUCUUAACAUGCAGCGUAGCAGAGAUCAUGGCCUCCCAGGUUAUAACUCCUGGAGACAAUUCUGUGGGCUCUCACAACCUUCUGGAUUGAAGGAACUUGCUCAAGUGUUGAGGAAUCGUAGCCUGGCAAAGAAGUUCAUACAGCUGUAUGGGACACCAAAGAAUAUUGACAUUUGGAUCGGGGCACUUGCAGAGCCCUUUGUGAAAGGAGGCAGAGUUGGCCCUCUCAUGGCUUGUCUCAUUGGCACCCAGUUCAGGAACGUUCGUGAUGGGGACAGGUUUUGGUGGCAGAACAGAGGGGUUUUCACUCCUCAGCAGCGCUUUUCACUGGCCAAAAUCUCCUUGUCACGAAUAAUAUGUGACAACACCCACAUUUCUAAAGUACCAAGACAUAUCUUCCAGGCUAACAGAUACCCUUAUGGCUUUGUGAGCUGCAGCCAGAUCCCAAAGCUGGACCUCAGCGCCUGGAAGUCGAAGAGGACUGAGGAAGUUUCAGAGGAAGAAGAAGCAUCUGGUGAAUUUUAAUACUGAACAUUGAGGAUUCCCCAGAAGUCCAGACUUGGGAAGCUGUUGAGAUUGAUUUUUUUUUCUUUUUCACCCUGUGUAUGCUUUUACUGCCUGAAAUGUUUGAGCAUGAUUGCUGUCAUUUGCUCAAUUUAGAUUGCAUGAAGCCUUUUCAGUGAGAUGGAGUCCAGACAUGAAAAGAUGUCCCAGAUCUGCACAGAUCACUCAAUAUCACAAACCAAAGCAAAAUGAGUUAUCCAGAGACUGACUCCCAAUCAAACCAACUUGGGAAAUUUCACAUACACUGUUUUUCAGUAAGCUUUACUGUCAAAAACAUGUUUUGGACCCUCCUUUCAAGGUUUCCAACCUACAUAGAAAGAGAGGGGCACUGGAAUGACUGCUUACUCUUGCGCUCCAAUUUUUUUUGCUUAAAAAAAGUAUGAACUUCAGUUUCCAGAGAAAAAUCUACUCAUUUCGUUGUGACUUUGAAUGAAGCAGCAAUAUCUGCCAUGCACCCCCAAACAGACUUGUUUGAAAUGGCACAUUUCAGCUUUUGCUUGAAUAUGGAAUGAAGAAAUCGUCCACAUGGAAGAAAGAUGUUCUUUCGUCUUUUUUUGCUCUUAGCCCAGAAUGCCUAAGGCAUCAUCUAGUGUGAUGGAAAACUGUGACAAGUUAUUCCUGCGUCCUGUCGGUGUACAGGUGAUGGGAUGUGUCCUGCAAAGAUAAGAACAGUCUUAAAGCACAAGAAAGUAAAAGCUAAUCUAGCCUUACUCCACCUUUGUCCCCUCAAUAUCUUAUCUUGAAAGACAUCAAAGUUGCUUUCUCCGUCCUCUGUGAUUUGCUGUGUUACUGCUGUUGAUCAAUAAAUUGCAAUUUUGAGCCGA